GAUGCUGGUUUGAAGGCAGAGGCGGGAGGAGCAGCCGAGAGAGGAAGGGGACCCCGGACCUCGGCCCCCGGCGGGCUGGUUCUGGACUCAAGCCACUCACUGGUUCUACACGUUUGGACGGGUCAUUUCCCUUGUCUGGGUCUCAGCUUCCUCCCCUACGAGAAUGAAGUUUUGGACAAGAUGAUUGCUGGAGUCCCUUUGAUCCCUGACCUUCCAUCAUUUGACAGCUUCAGUGGAAUGGCAUCGGCUGAACCAGUGGUUUUGAAAAAAGAGCGAGGAUCUCCAUGGGGCGGUGGCUCCGGGCAGCAGAAGGCCCUUUUACUUGGUAGAUCCAAGCCCUUUGAGUCAAGAAAAGGAGGAUUGGACCCUUCACCUGAACCUAUGACCCGAGGCUCUGCGCCCAGCCUGUACCUGCCCAUUGAGUUCCACAAGAUGGGCUCCUUCCGAAGGCCGAGGCCCCGCUUCAUGAGCUCCCCGGUGCUGAGCGACCUGCCCCGCUUCCAGGCUGCUCGGCAGGCCAUGCAGCUCAGUUCCAAUUCGGCCUGGAACAGUGUCCAGACUGCAGUGAUCAAUGUGUUCAAAGGAGGAGGCCUGCAGAACAACGAGCUGUUCCUGCUGAAUGAAAACAUCAGGCGGCUGUUGAAGAGUGAACUUGGAUCCUUCAUCACAGACUAUUUCCAGAACCAGCUUCUUGCUAAAGGACUCCUGUUUGUGGAAGAGAAGGUUCACCUGUGUGAAGGUGAAAAUCGGAUUGACCUUCUGGCCGAAGUAUGGGAUCACUUUUUCACUGAGACUCUCCCAACCCUACAGGCGAUAUUUUACCCUGUUCAGGGACAGGAGCUGACUAUCCGCCAGAUUGCCCUGCUGGGCUUUCGGGACCUCGUUCUCCUGAAGGUGAAGCUCGAGGAGAUGCUUCCCGCGGGGCAGACCCAAGUCCCGUCCUCCAUCGUCCAGAUGCUGCUCAUUCUCCAGAGUGUCCAUGAGCCCACGGGCCCCAGUGAGGGCUACUUGCAGCUGGAGGAGUUGGUGAAACGGCUUGUGUCUCCCUUCCUCGGCCUUGGCAAUGGGGACGGAGUCAUCUCAAGUGCUGCUUGUACACUGGCCCGCCGGCAUUCUCGAUCUCGCCCCAAGGUGACCGUCCUCAGCUACUCACAGGCAGCGGUGACCCCCCGACCCCUCCAAGAGAUGGCCUUGACGCCGCUGACUGAACAGGAGGGCGAGGCGUACCUGGAGAAGUGCGGCAGCGUCCGCCGCCAUACGGUGGCCAACGCCCACUCGGACAUCCAGCUGCUGGCCAUGGCCACCAUGAUGCACUCGGGCCUGGGGGAAGAGCCGGACGGUGGCGGCAGCGACAAAUGCGUGCUCAUCUCGCCCAGCUUCCCUCCCCACCGGCAGUGCUCCAGCGAGCCCAACAUCCUGGACAGCCCCGACGGGCCCGAGGAGGGCCUGGCAGACGUGCAGGAACACGGGGAGCUCAGCUGCACAUCCCCCAGCUGAGCUGCCCCUUAGAUGGGCGGGUGGCCCAGGAGGAGGAUAACUCCCAGAGAUGACACCAAAAAGCUGGUCCUUCCAUCCAAGGACCGGUUCCUUAUUUCACUUUAAGGGGAAGCUUUGGAAGCAAGGCCGGUAUAAUUGUGUGCCCAAGGUCACGUCCAGAGGCCAGGACCUUCAUUCCCCUUUGGUGAUACCACAUCUAAGUCAAACCUCGGCCUUCUUGUUCAGACGGGACAAGGUCUGGCAUGUUGAAGACCCAGUUCAGUAGCACCCCCUGCCUCCAGUCUCUGCAUUUCUAACCCUCUGGCCCAGACAGCCUCAUCUAACAGUCCCUAAGGUAGUUCUCUUCAACAGUGACUUCUCUUAGGCUGUCAGGGGUAUUCCUCAAUCUGAGUGGCAUUAUUCUAACAGAGGGUGGUUGGCUAGGCCUGGGUCACUUGGGUCAAUUGAACCAACAGGAACAUUUUGCUUGGGGUGAUCUUUCUUGUUGUUUUUGAGGCAAAGGAUUAUGGGAAAUGAAAAGGAGGACGACAGAAUUAAUUUACCUCCUUCUAUGUUGAGAAAGUGAAAGAUGAGAAGACUCCUAAUCCCUAAGAUUCCAAAUGAUUGACGACUUCUUAGGAAUGCAUUGGAUUCAGAGCAUCUUGAUUUCUGUGUUUCUUAUGUAAAGGAAGAGUUGUCCCCAAAGUCAGGGCAGGAUGGAGUUUAGGUGGGCGGCUUUUCAAAUCCAGCCAAGAAGGGUGCUAUGACUGGGAAAGCUCUGUUGGACCCAAACAAUUCCUCGUUAGGGACCCUUGCCAAAUGCAAAGAACAUGCCUCACUCUGUGUGUGUGUGUGUGUGUGUGUGUGUGUGUGUGUGUGUGAGAGAGAGAGAGAGAGAGAGACUGACCCAGAUCUUUACCUUCUUAAUUCAGACACUGACUUUUCCCCUCAAUUUUGAGUGAAAAUGACUGCUUGACAACUGUUAGACUAUUCCUGGAAUUGACUUGAAUUUUUAAACUUAUGUAUAGUUUAUUAAAAAAAAAAAGUUGUGUGUUUUUGUUUGUUUGCAAAGGUUUGCACGUGGGAUCUUGCACUUUUCAUCUAACGUCUUCAAACUGGAAAGAAUACACCUCCCCUCCUCCCCUUCCCCACAACUAGGGACUGCAGGAGUAUUUUAGGGAUAAGGAGGUCUGCUUGUCGACAGCUAGUGGGCCACUAAGAAAUGUCAGAAGCCACGUCUCUUGAAGCUAAAGUGGGACUGUGUAUGCUGAAUUAGUAGUUUAUGAGGUAAAAUCUUCACCCCACCUCACCCUAUCCCCUGAGGUCUUAUAGAUAGAAGGCUGGUCUUAGAAUCAGAAAAACCUGGGUUCAGAUCCCACCUUAUACACAUCUUAGUCUUGUGAUGAUGGACAAAUCACUUGAACAUUUUCAUUGGCAGUUGUCCGGGACUAGUUGACAAUCUGUCUCUUCCCCGAGCGUUUCCCUAUGCCGGUGAAAGGUUAGGGUAGGGAGAGGUGUUGGGGGAAGGGGAGCCACCUUCCCUUGUGGGUUAAGACUUUGCCCCAAGUAGGAGAGAGGAUACAGAUAAGGGAGAAACUCAUUCUCUGUGGGGCAGGAAAAGUGUCAUCUUCUGGUGGACGCCCAGGGUUGUUAGAAUAGCAGACCAGUAGUUGUUCACCAUUUAAGAAUAAUGAUGUAUGAAUUCGAGUUACCAGUCUUGUAACAAAUCCAAUGCCGAAGGGCCGCUCUAUAACCGGCAGACUCCAGCCAGCCCCCUCCCCUUUCACUGUCCAAAGCCCCUUUGGAUGAGAUGGUCUCUUCCUGCCCCACUUGGCGACUUCCUCAGCUCUUGCCAGUCAAUGGAAAACAUUUUUUUUUAAAUAGUGACACAAACCUGUCACUAUAUGGAUGUCAACCCAGGGGGAGGUGGUUAGAGACACCAGCAGGGGAGGAAGGAUCUCAAUCAGUUCAUAGUGUCUAGGAAAUGCGAUAAUUUAUCCGCUUUCUCUGUCGUUUAACUUUGUUCUGUAAUUUGGAAACUGUUAAAAAUUGCUCAAUUUAAAAUAUUGUUUUUACUGAUUCUUAGACUGUGAGGCCGUGAAGAGACCUGGGGUCAUCCACCCUAACCGUUUAUGUCAGUUAUUUCUUUUCCUUCUGCCCCUCUAAGUAAGAUGAAAGUUUUCUGAAUGAAAUCUUGGAGAACUUGAAGGAAACUCGUUUUCUUCUAAAUGAAAUCUGUGUUCAUGUCUUGAUUAGGCUCCAUGAAUGGAGCAGCCCCCAUUCGCAAUCAGAAAAGUAAUAGAUUAUGCCUCUGUCAACGCUUCUGUUUUUCAACAUGAUACAUUUAACUGAUGGCUGCUGCCCUAAGCACUGUUUACACGUCCAACAAAAAUCGUGAGCAUUCAUCCUGGAAUUGUGCUAAAAUGUACUUUGUAAUUAUUGUGGCGAAGGGUCUAUUAAAAUACACACAGACAGAGCAAUGAUGUGCAGAGAACUCCUAGUGAAAAAAAAAGAAGCCCUCAGUUAAAUGCAUAAGCCUCUAAGGUUAAGAGCAGAACUGUUCACAAGGAAACAAUCCACUAAAUUCUAUUUGCUGACGGGUAUGAGCUACUUGGAAGACUUUGCCCUCGAGCCAUACGUGUAUAUAAUUAUAUAUAAUAUAUCUCUGUGGUGUAUUAUAUAAAAUUAUAUACGUGUCAUUCUUUGUAUAUUAAAGGUUUGUUCGUUUUUUAUAGAUAGCAUGGCCUUCCCAGUUGGAGCAGCAAUGAUGUGUGUAGUGAUACCCGGCUGUUAUUUCCUCCCUUAUGAAACAAGGGACCCCUCCCUCUCUGGAUUUGUUAGAAUUUUCUUAUUGUCGACAGAAGCCAACACAACUAUAAAGUCCAGGCCCGUGAGCCAGAAGUCUUUCAAGUUGUCUAUUUGUUGUGUUCCCCGAGUAGAUUCA